AUGUCAGGCGUUUCAACACCCAAAGGAAGGAAGCCAAUGCCCUCAGCGCUAACCUUUGACCUGGAGGCUAAAUGUUCCACUACGAAUGCGCGGGCAAGCACUCUCCACCUCCCUCACGGCCCUGUCCAGCUCCCUAUAUUCAUGCCGGUCGCUACGCAGGCGUCACUUAAGGGAUUAACGCCGGAACAACUUGCGCGGACAGAAUGUAAGCUAUGUCUGAAUAACACGUAUCAUUUGGGUUUGAAACCUGGGCAGGCCGUGCUGGAUAAAGUUGAGGGGGCACAUGUCUUCCAGGGUUGGGAUCGGAAUAUUUUGACAGACAGUGGAGGGUUUCAAAUGGUUUCAUUAUUGAAGCUUGCGCAGGUUACAGAGGAAGGUGUACGGUUUUUAAGUCCGCAUGAUGGAACCCCAAUGCUCCUUACCCCUGAACACUCAAUUUCUCUACAAAACUCUAUCGGCUCGGACAUUAUUAUGCAGCUUGAUGAUGUUAUAGCUACGACCUCUCCAGAUCAUGCAAGGAUAAAAGAAGCAAUGGAUCGCUCUGUGCGAUGGCUUGAUCGUUGCAUUGAGGCCCAUAAGUAUCCCGAAAAACAAAAUCUAUUCUGCAUCAUCCAAGGCGGCCUGGAUUUGGAGCUGCGGAAAGAAUGCUGCAAACAAAUGGUUGAGAGAGACACUCCUGGGAUUGCGAUUGGUGGGCUAUCUGGCGGCGAGGCGAAAGCCGAAUUUUGCAAAGUAGUGCAUACCUGCACUGCGCUAUUACCUGAGAGGAAGCCGCGCUAUGUCAUGGGUGUAGGAUAUCCGGAAGAUCUUGUUGUGGCCGUAGCCCUGGGAGCAGAUAUGUUUGACUGUGUAUGGCCUACAAGAACAGCGCGUUUCGGGAAUGCGGUUACAUCCUUUGGCACAUUGAACAUCCGGAAUGGAUCAUAUGCAAAUGACUUUAGACCUAUCGAAGAGGGUUGUCAAUGCAUAUGCUGCCGAUCCAAAACACACGGAGGGCUUGAGAUUACGCGAGCAUACAUUCAUCAUCUUGCUGCGAAAGAAACUGUUGGAGCUCAUUUGCUUACCAUGCACAAUGUCCACUAUAUGCUUGCGAUGAUGAAUUCCCUUAGGCAAUCAAUCGUUGAAGACAGGUUCCCCGCUUUUCUUCAUGAGUUUUUCAAGAACAUGUAUGGAAGUUCAUCCAAUAUACCUGAGUGGGCCGUUACAGCUCUGAGGGAAGUUGGUGUUGAUUUUCUAGCUCCUUAA